CAAUUAAAAUCCAAUAUCUCCUUAAAUUAUAGUUUCAUAAAGAAAAAAAUUAUGUAGUUAGAAUUGCCUUUCAAAGCUGCAUUUAAUGAUGUAUUUUUUAUUUUUUUUCGUGAAAAAAGAGCCCAGCGGACAAGCUUUAACACGGCGAGAUGGGGAAAGAAUCCCGUCCUUAAGUUUUAGUAGUCCAUGGCAGUGGCUAUUAGGCGUUUAACAUGGAGUACUUAAACCAUUUAAUCUGAUCUAUAGGACUCAAUUCGUGCCAUCAUAAGAGUGGCUGUACCAGCUUUCUGUAACUCUGAUUAUUAUCGUUACUAUCAGUUGUGAUCGAUUUGAAUCGACAACUCUAAUCACUUAUGCAACCACCAAGGCACCAAGUGCUCGUACUGUGGAUGAACUUGGAUUUUGUCAAUCGUCUGUCUCUUGUCUUUUAGAUGUGUACGUUGGUCACGUUGGUACAUACAAAAUUCUGUCUGCUUGCCAGCUGUUUAUGUCUCCACCCAAGAUGAAACCCAGAGAAUCUGCAGCUUUUAUAGCCUCCGUUUCAAAGGAUGUAAAACUGAAUCCAGUUGGCAUUAAAAGAGUGGCUUCAGAGAUUGUACAAGCAAUUGUGUCUCAAGAGUUUGAACCAAACAAUAUGAUGAUUCACUCCUAUCCACUACCUGUAAUUGAAGAUGCUUCAAGCAUUGAAUGGAUGUUUGUAGCUGAUGCUCUAAAUUUUUCGUUUUGGGCAUUAGAAGAAAAUGCGCAUUAUUCUGUUGAGCUGCGUGGAAAUCAAUAUACCGGUUACAUGGCGUUGUGUGCCGCAAUUACCAAAGCACAAGAGGCCAGUAUCCCAAUAACGAGUGCCAAAUAUUACGCUAACGUGACGAAAGAAACAGUCAACGAAAUAUUUAUGUCAAGUACGGGGGAACCCAUUCCCUUGCUUGAACAAAGAUGGAUUAUUUUGCAAGAAUGUGGCAAAAUCAUAAAUGAUAAGUUUGAUGGCAAAUUCUGUAAUUGUGUCCGGCAAUCAGGAAACAGUGCACAAAAGCUUUUAGAGUUAAUUGUGUCAAAUUUUCCUUCCUUCCGCGAUGAAGGCAUCUUUGAGGGCGAAAGGGUUUCCUUUUACAAGCGUGCUCAAAUUCUUGUGGCUGACAUCUGGAGUGUUUUUAAGGGAAAGGGACUUGGAAGUUUCUCCGACAUAGACACGAUCACCAUGUUUGCUGAUUACAGGGUGCCGCAGGCGCUAGUUCAUUUUGGAGCGAUGGAAUAUUCUGAAAAACUUAAUAAGUUGCUAUCUACUAAUCAUACAUUUAUGAAUGGAGAUCAAGAAGAAAUGGAAAUUCGCGGAUGCUCAAUUCACGCGGUAGAGUUGAUCAAGGAAGAGUUAAAAUCUCAAUCAGCGAAUUUUAACAAAGAAACGCUGCCAAUAAAUAGUGCCAUGAUUGACUAUUUCUUGUGGGAGUACCGAAGACGAUUUGCUACGGAUCUUGCUAAAGUUCCUUAUCACAAAGUCCGGUGCAUAUAUUACUAAUGUCACCAAUGACUGGAAAAAGAAAGAUAACUUGCAUACCAGUCGAGUGCAUUGACGAAGAAAUUUGAAAUAAAUUUCUGCACACAA